GGGCGAUAAUUAAUGCCUGCAGAAUGACUGCAUCAAUGUCUUUUGUUUAAUUAAGACAAACGACCGCUUGGAGCCAGUUAUAAAGAAAAUUUAUGCAAUUGGCCAUUCCGGCCGGUAAAAUGCCAAGGGAGAGCUAUAAAAGCGCAGUUUUCGGCAACAGGCAGUCAAAAUUGUUUCGCAAUCUAUCAGCACACACAUCCCCUUUUCCAACCAUGAAGUUCCUGAUUGUUCUUGCCUGCCUUUUGGCCGUGGCCUUCGCCAACGAGGAGGCUGAUGUUCUGAAGAGCGACUCCGAGGUUAACGUGCUGGACUUCAACUACGCCUAUGAGCUGUCCAACCACAUCCGCGCCGUGCAAUCUGGAGCCCUGAAGGAGCACGACAACUGGGUUGUUUCCGGGGAGUACGAGUACGUGGCCCCCAACGGCAAGACCGUCAAGGUGGUCUACACCGCCGACGAGACCGGCUACCACCCAAAGGUCGUCGAGGCCUAAGACACAGGACUCUUUCCCGUAGAACGAAAUGAAAAAUAAAUCC